UGACGUGGUCCUCGCGAAGGGUGGAGGCUGCUUUUGCCUCCUGCACCCCAGUCUAGUGCGGGAGACACGAUUGUGGCCCCGGUGGGGCGCUACCCAAAGUGCCUGAUGGUGCAAUGGUUAGCGAUGUUGCCGCUGCUCUGGCUGCAGCCGCCGCCGCUCCUGCUGCUUCUGCUGGGGGCUCACUCAGGCAGCGCCCAGGAUUUGACCCACACCCAAGAACCAGCCCUCGCGUGGCGAGAUAAAGGAAUUUUCAUUAUCCAGAGCGAGAGCCUUAAGACAUGCAUGCAAGCAGGUAAUUCGGUGCUGACCCUGGAGAACUGCGAGCAGCCAAACAAGCACAUGCUGUGGAAAUGGGUUUCAAACAACCACCUCUUUAAUGUGGGAGGCAGCGGCUGCCUGGGUCUGAGUGUAUCUGAUCCGGAGCAACCAUUAAGCCUCUAUGAAUGUGAUUCCACCCUCGUCUCCUUGAAAUGGCGCUGUAGCAGGAAGGCGAUCGUGAGCCCACUCCUGUACAAGGUCCAGGUGAAGCACGGCAACACGGUGGUGGCCUCACGGAAACAGCUCCAUAAGUGGAUCACCUACAUGUCCGGUGGUGGAGACAUUUGUGAGCAUCUUCACAGAGAUUUAUACACAGUCAAAGGGAAUGCCCAUGGCAUGCCAUGUAUGUUUCCUUUUCAGUACAACCAUCAGUGGCACCACGAAUGUAUCCGGGAAGGGCAGAAAGAGGACCUCCUGUGGUGUGCCACCACCAGCCGAUAUGAACGAGAUGAGAAAUGGGGAUUCUGCCCAGAUCCUAGCUCCACGAAGGUAUUCUGCGAUGCUGUGUGGCAAAGGAACUCCAGUUCACACAUUUGCUACCAAUUCAACCUGCUUUCACUUCUCUCGUGGAAUGAGGCACACUCUUCCUGUCAGAUGCAAGGAGGUGCUUUGUUAAGUAUUACCGAUGAAAAUGAAGAAAAUUUCAUAAGGAAGCAGCUGAGCAGGGAAGCAGCGGAGGUGUGGAUUGGUUUGAAUCAGCUGGAUGAAAAGGCAGGCUGGCAGUGGUCUGAUGGAACACCACUCAGCUACCUGAGCUGGAGCCCAGAGCUAAACUCUGGGCCGUUUGUUGAGUAUCGCUGUGGAACACUGAAAUUAGCCUCAACUGCCUGGCAGAGCAGGGACUGUGAGUCUACCUUGCCUUAUAUAUGCAAAAGAGAUCUAAACCACACUGCUCAUGAAAUUCUUGGGAAGGACUCCUGGAAAUACCAUGCCACUCACUGUGAUCCUGACUGGACUCCCCUCAAUGGCAAAUGCUACAAACUUCAGAAAGAAGAAAAGACCUGGCAUGAGGCUCUGAACUCUUGCCAGUCAAAUGGCAGCAUGUUGAUGGAUGUGACUUCAUUAGCAGAGGUGGAGUUUCUUAUAAACCUGCUUGGGGAUGAAAAUGCAACAGAAACAUGGAUUGGUUUGAGUAGCAAUAAAACUCCAGUUUCCUUUGGAUGGUCCAACGGCUCCUCCGUCGUCUUCACUAACUGGCAUCCUCUUGAGCCUCGAACUUUUCCAAACAGAAGAGAGCUGUGUGUCUCAGCAGAGCAGUCUGAAGGACGCUGGAAAGUGAAAGGCUGUGAAGAAAGACUCUUUUACAUUUGUAAAAAACCAGGACAAGUCCUUGCUGAUGAGGAGUCAGGAUGUCAAGAGGGAUGGGAGAGACACGGGAGAUUUUGUUACAAAAUUGACCCAGUCCUGAGGAACUUUGAGCAGGCUUCUGGUGGUUAUUACUGCCCUCCUGCCCUCCUGACCGUCUCCAGCUGGUUUGAACAGGCUUUUAUUACCAGUUUGAUCAGCAGUGUGACAACGACAAAGGACAGUUACUUUUGGAUAGCUCUUCAAGACCAAAACAAUACAGGAGAGUACACCUGGAAGACAGUGGGGCAGAGGGCUGAGCCGGUACAGUACACACACUGGAACACACAUCAGCCCAGCUACAGUGGUGGCUGUGUUGUCAUGCGAGGAGGAAGUUCACUUGGUCGCUGGGAAGUGAAGGACUGUAGCGACUUCAAGGCAAUGUCUCUGUGCAAGAUGCCAGUCAAAAUCUGGGAGAAAACAGUUGUCAAAGAGAGUUGGGACUUUCACCCCUGCUAUAUGGACUGGGAGUCAGAGUCUGGCCUGGACAGUUGCUUCAAGGUGUUUCAUAGCGAAAAGGUCCUGAUGAAAAGAUCGUGGCGAGAAGCCGAAGCCUUCUGUGAGGAUUUCGGAGCGCACCUCGCAAGCUUCGCCCACAUAGGAGAGGAAAAUUUUGUGAACAAGCUGCUGCAUUCAAAAUUUAAUUGGACACAAGGAAGGCAGUUCUGGAUUGGAUUUAAUAAAAGGAACCCACUGAAUGCCGGUUCUUGGGAGUGGUCUGAUGGGACGCCUGUUGUCUCUUCAUUUUUAGACAGUGCCUAUCUUGAAGAAGACGCAAGAAAUUGUGCUGUGUAUAAGGCAAACAAAACCUUGCUGCCCUCAAACUGUGCUUCCAAACACGAGUGGAUAUGCAAAAUUCCAAGAGAUGUGAAACCCACCUUUCCAGACUGGUACCAGUACGAUGCACCCUGGCUUUUCUAUCAGAAUGCGGAGUACCUCUUCCACACCCAUGCGGGAGAGUGGACUGCCUAUGGGUUUGUCUGUGCCUGGCUGGGAAGUGAUUUCCUCACGAUUUACUCUGCCCAGGAGCAAGAAUUCAUCCACAGCAAAAUCAGAGCGCUAUCAAAGUUUGGUGUAAGGUGGUGGAUUGGACUCCAAGAAGGAAGCGCCACUGAUCAAAUUCAUUGGUAUAAUGGGUCGCCCGUGAUAUUCCAGAACUGGGACAAAGAAAGAGAAAAGAGAGUGGAUAACGAGACGCAGCAGUGUGUCUUCAUUUCUUCCGUAACAGGGCUCUGGGGGACUGAAAACUGCUCUGUUCCUAUGCCCAGCAUUUGUAAGAGAGUGAAAGCAUGGGUCAUCGAGAAAGAGAAGCCACCGACACAGCAUGGGACGUGCCCCAAAGGGUGGCUUUAUUUUAACUAUAAGUGCUUCCUGGUGACGAUUCCCAAAGACUCGGGUGAGCUGAAGACCUGGAUGGGCGCUCAGGACUUCUGCACUGCCAGGGGCGGGAAGCUGGUGUCUGUCGAAAGUGAGCUGGAACAAGCUUUCGUUACUAUGCAUCUUUUCGGCCAGACCACCGAUGUGUGGAUAGGGUUACAAAGUGAUAAUUAUGAAAAGUGGGUAAAUGGGAAGCCUGUGGUGUAUUCUAACUGGUCUCCAUCUGAUGUAAUAAAUAUCCCGAGUUAUAACACCACUAAAGUUCAAAAGCAAGCGUCUCUCUGUGCCCUGAUGUCAAGCAAUCCUAAUUUCCAUUUCACUGGAAAGUGGUAUUUUGAUGACUGCGGGAAAGAAGGUUACGGAUUUGUUUGUGAAAAAAUGCAAGAUACUCCUGAACAUCCCAUAAACGCAUCUGAUACGUAUUCAGUCCCCAAUACAUUAGAAUAUGGAAACAGAACCUACAGAAUAAUCCGCGCUAAUGUGACUUGGUACACAGCAGGAAGAACCUGCCUGAUGCACGGAGCAGAGCUGGCCAGCAUUACAGACAUAUUUCACCAGUCCUUCCUCACAGUUGUCCUCAGCAGGCUGGGACAUGCCCACUGGAUUGGACUCUCCACCACAGACAAUGGUCUUACUUUUGACUGGUCAGAUGGCACCAAAUCCCCAUUCACCUAUUGGAAAGAUGAGGAGGAAAACGUUCUUGGUGACUGUGUUUUUGCUGAUACUGAUGGACGCUGGCAGAGGACAGCCUGUGAGGCAUUUCUUCAAGGUGCCAUUUGUCAUGUACCCACUGAAACAAAGGCAGUUGAGCACCCAGUGCUGUGCUCAGAAACGUCAGUUCCCUGGAUAAAAUUUAAAGGUAAUUGCUACAGCUUUACCACAGUCCUGGACAGCAGGAGUUUUGAGGAUGCUCAUGGAUUUUGCAAAAGAGAAGGAUCAAAUCUUUUGGCAAUCAAAGACAAGGCUGAAAAUUCAUUUCUCCUGGAAGAGCUUCUUGCUUUCGGUUCUUCCCUCCAGAUGGUUUGGUUGAAUGCUCAAUUUGAUAAUAACAAUGAAACCUUAUGGUGGUUUGAUGGAACACCCACAGACCAAUCAAACUGGGGCAUUCGGACACCAGACAUGGACCACCUCAAGCCCCAUCCAUGUGUUGCCCUGAAGAUCCCUGAAGGAAUAUGGCAGUUCACCCCGUGUGAAGAGAAAAAGGGAUUCAUAUGUAAAAUGGAGGCAGAUGUCCCAGCUGUGAUGGAGCAACCAGGGAAAGGACCGAGCCACAGCCUUGUUCCUCUCACGGUCACACUGACGCUGAUAAUAAUCCUGGCCAUUUUCACGCUUUUCAUCUGGGUAUGCAAGCAGAAUAGGGGCUUCUUCCAGAGCCUCAGAGGACCUAGGAGCCUCUACUAUCCUACCUUCAGCUUCAGCACGACACACUUAGAAGAAAACAUUCUCAUUUCUGAUCUGGAGAAGAAUGGCCAAUGAUGAUGAGGUGGAGGAGGUGGC